AUGAGUGUUUAUCAUUUAUAUAAUAAUAUAAUACCUAGUAAAUCAAUACGAACAGCAGUGUGUGCAAAUAUUAAAGGAAAUCAAAAAAAAUAUUUAAUGUAUGCGUGCAAUAAUUAUAUAAAUGUAUGUACUGUAGAUAAAAAUGGCUGCACAUAUGAUUAUUCUAACCAUUCAGUUUUUUGCGAAAUUCUAGAAUUACGAGAAUAUGUUCCAGAAAAAUUGAUUGAUAAAGAAAGAAAAGAAAAUGAAAAAAAAAUAGCAAACCAAACAAAAAAAAUAAAAAAAAAAGAAAAAGAUAAAUCACGAGAACAAGUAAAAUCAUACUUAUUUGUAUUGACAAAAAAAUAUAACUUAUUAUUAUUAGAAUUUAAUUUGAAAACUAAAGAUUUUAUUACAUUAAAUAGUAUAAAUUUAUCAGAAGUAAAUGGAAUGAAUAUUGAAGAAGAUAUAACAUUUUUAUUGGAUGAAAGGCAUAGGACUAUAUUAUUCUAUGGAUAUAAAAAUAUUUUAAAAUAUAUAUGUUUAGAAUAUGAUGAUUAUUUAAAUUUAUCACAUCUGUAUACAUUGAGGUUAGAUGAAAGACUUAUUAUUGAUAUGAUUUUCCUAAAAAACGACCAUAAUACAGUAUAUAAUAAUAGUAGUAAUAAUUCUAUUCUUAAAGAUAAUAAAUCUACAUCUAAAAGGAGUGUAGAGAAUAAUUCGGUUAAUAUUUAUAGUGAAGAAUAUGAAAAAACAAAUUUGUAUACGCAAAGUAGAACCGACAAUAGUUUUAAUAAAAAAUCGGAGCUUAAUACAGAUUAUUAUCAAAACAAAAAUAAAAAUCACAAACAUAGUAAUAACAACAUUAAUGAUAGCAGUUCUAGAUGCAAAUCAAUUGAAUCAAAACGAUGGCCUUUUGUUAAAAAAGAAGAAACAGAAAUAGAAAGUGAUAAAGAAAAUGAUUAUGAUAAUGAUAUAAAAAAAAAGUUAACUGAUACUGAUGGUGAAAAUAAUGGUGAUGUUUUUAAUAUUGAUUUUAAUAAAAUUAUGAACAAUGAAAAAAAUGAAAUCAAUAAAUAUUCAUCAGAAUCUAAAUGGAGAGACAAAAAAAAUAAUGUAGAUGCAACAAUUUGCAUAUUAUAUGAUUCUAAAAAUAAAGACUCAUAUAUAUACGAAAGAUAUAUAAGACUAAUCCCAAUUAAUAAUCGAAACGAAAACCGAAUAAAUUAUGAAACACCCAGUAAAUAUCGAAAUAAUACAAGCAAUAAUAAUAAUAAUAAUAAUAAUAAUAAUAAUAAUAAUAAUAAUAAUAAUAAUAUGACAUCUACCCAUUUUGUAGAUAAUGAAAAUAUGAAUAAUACAAGUAGUAAUGAUAUUCAUCAUAAAAAUUGUGAAAAAGAAAGUUUUAUUUUACCUAACUAUUAUAAAUCUAUUAUGGUAGAUUCAAGUAUUAAUAAAAUUGUUUGUUUAAAAAAAAAUAGAAUACUUUUAAUAGGGUUUCAAUUUAUAAAUUUUAUAAAUUUUGAAAGUAAUCAGGAUAAAAAUUUUUUUUUAAGUUCAGAAUUAAGAACAAUUAGAUGUGUUGAAAAAUUAGGAAAAAAUAAAUUUAUACUUGCAGAUGAUUAUGGCGACAUUUUUAUUUUGUCUUGUUUAUCAAAGUUAGAUAAUACAUCACAUAUGCUGAGAAGUUUCCAAAAUAAUGAUAACAAUUAUAGAAAUGAUAUAAUGAAUUGCAUAAGUCCCAUUGAUAAUAAUCAUAUUGUAAAAGAAAAAAACAAUUUUAAUUUCAAACGUAAUAAAGAAAAACGAAAUAGUAUUGAUGUGUGUACGAAUUUAGGAAGUUGGGGAUAUUCAGAUAUAGAAUCUAUUCAUCUUCAAUUUAUUGGAACCUGUUCUAGGUCGAAUGUUAUAGUUUCGAUUUAUUCAGACAUAAUAUUCUUAGGAUCCCAAGUAAGUGAUAGUUAUUUAUUGCGAAUGCACAACUAUCCUGUAAAUAGUAAUAUGGGUUCUAGUUUUGUUGGAAAUGCAUCUAAUAGUUUUGCAUUGAAUCCUAUUGAUACAAUUUUUCAAACAAAUGAGAAAUAUUAUGGUAAUUUAUAUAUAGAUAAUUUAAAUAAUGAUAAUAUAAAUACAAUUCAAAAUGAAUUUAAAAAUAAUUUGAGUGGUGAUAUACAUAGAAAUAAAACAGAUGUAAAUAUAAAAGAAGAAAAUAAAUUUUAUAUAGAAAUUUUAUCUUUUAUACAAAAUAUGGGACCUAUUUUAGAUUUUUGUUUAAUUGAAAAUAAAAAUGAUGAAAAAGAAAUAGUAACUUGUAACAGUUAUGGAAGAACAGGUUGUAUAUCUAUUAUACGUAAUGGAUUAAAGACAAAUAUAAUUUCAAAAUUAAAUUUUGAUAAAAUUACAAAUAUUUUUUCAGUUAAAUAUAUUAUAUAUUUGAAAAAGAACGAUUCAAAUGUUGAUGAUAAAGAAAAUAAUAUAAAUAGACAAGAAAGAUCAGGGAAAUUAAAAGAAUCAUUUCAAUUUAAAGUGUUUGCAACAUUAAACAAUAAAAAACAUGUUGAAAUUAAAGAUAUAGAUUUAUCUUUUUUAAAUAAAUAUUUUUUUGAAAAUGAAAAUGAUAUAAAUGUUUUGAAAUAUUCAAAUUUUAUUUAUUUUCAUAUUUUUAUGAUUUGUUUAUCAUAUGGCUUUCACACAAAAAUUAUUGGAGUAUGCAUUGAUAGAGAGCGUGAAAAAAUUUCAAAUAUAUCAAAAAAAAAUGGAAAAAAUAGAAAUACAAAUGAUUCUACUUUUAAUGAAUUUUAUUCAGUUUCAGAAGAAGAAAAUUACAAAAAAGAAAUUCAAAAUGAAAUAUUAUUAUGUGAAUAUGAAAAUACAGAUAUAGAAUUAAAUGUAAAUACUAUUUUUUUUAACAUAAUGAAUAAUUAUCCAUAUAUUGUUCAAGUAACUAAUGAGUGUAUAAAUUUAUUUUGUUGUUUAUCAAUCAAAUUGAUUUAUAAAUUAAAAUUUAACUUUAUUUGUAAAUUUUUUUUGUAUAAAGAUUAUUUAUAUAUAUAUUGUGAUAAUAGUAUAAAAAUAUAUACAAUUUAUGAUAAGGGUCUUAUUUUUUUAUAUCAAUAUAAAUUUGAUAAACCAAUUACUUAUAUUCAUAUAUAUAAAGGAUUUAUAUUGUCAUGUGUUUUUAGUAAUAAUAAGGUAAUUUUAUUUAAUAUAUGCUACAAGGAUAUAGUUGAAAUACGAAACAAAAUAUUAAAAAAUAUAGAAAAUAACGAAAUAAAACAUAUUCAAACAAUUAAAAAUAUAUUUACACCAGUAUGUCAUUAUAUUCCUGAACAAAAUUUUUUUACAUUUAUCUCAGAUAUUCGAAUAGUUGAAUUUAAUGAUAACUUGUAUUUAUUUAUUGGAUAUAAUAAUGGUGAUUUAGAAUAUUUUUUAUUAAGAGCACAUUGUGAAGUUAAAAAUAUUAAAAAAAUAAAAACAGAAAGAAACAAAAAAAUAAGGAAAAUUAGACAAUCAAACGAUACUUUUAAAAAUGAUUUAAUUCAAAAUACAAAUGUAUCUAAACAUUCUUUAAAUGCACAAAACAGAAAAAUAAAUUGUGAACAAGUUAUUAUAAAUUCUGACUGUUCAGGCAAUAAUCUUAGUAAACAUAUAUCUGAAGUAGCAUUCCAAAUUGAUAAAGAAAUAAAUUUACAAACUGAUCAAAUAAAAGAAAAUAAUAGUGAAUGUGAAGAAAAUAAAAGUGGUGAAAAUAACUUGAGAGACAAUAAUUCAAGCCCAAGUUCAAUCAAAAGCUAUUUCGAACUAAAUCAAAAAUAUGAAGGAAAUAAAAAAAAAUAUUUAAAUAUUUUAAAAAUACAUAAAGAAUUUUUAAAAAAAAAAAAAGCAUCAUUAAAAUAUAUAUAUAAAAAAAGUGAAGAUUUAAAUUGUGGUAUGAAUUAUAAAAUGAAUAAAAAUCGAAAUAAAAUAAUUAAUGAUAUUGAAAAAGAAAAGAAAUUAAAAAAAUCAAAAAUAAAAAUGUUAAAAUAUUUAUCAGAAAAUUAUAUAAAUAUAUUUAAUUAUUUUAAUUUUUCAAAAGAACAAUUUAGAAAUAUAUAUGAUUUCCAUAAAUUAUAUUCACAAAAUACUGAUCAAAUAAAAAUAGAAUCGAAAUUAUUUUACAAUAUAGAUAUUAAUUCAGAGAAUUUUAUUACCAUUGAUAAUUUUCUAAAAACUAAAUAUACUGAUAUCAAUUUAAAUAAUAAUAAAAGUGAUGUAGACAAGGGUUUAGACAACAUUAAAGAUGCAAUGUGUAAUGAUUAUAACAACUGUUAUAAUCAAAAUAAUUAUACAGAUUUUAUGAAUGAACAAACAAAUUAUAAUUGGAAAAAUCAAAAUGAAUUUUCAAAAUAUGAUAUGAAAAAUAUCCAUGAUGAUAUAGUAAGUGAAGACAGUUCAGGAACAGUAAUAAAAAAAACGAAGAAUUAUAAAUUUUUUUCGAAUACAAAUUUAUGGAAUACAGAAAGAAAAAAUAUUAGUGAUAAAGAUUUAUCAUUACAUCAUAGAAAUCAUAAAAUAUCAAAAGGGGAUAUAAUAAAAGAAGAUUCUAAUUGGAAUAGUAGUGAUAUUAUAAAUGAUAAUGAUGGAGAGGGAACUGAAAAAGAAUCGAGUUAUAUUAUUUUAAAUAAAAGACGAAUGAAUUAUUUUUUCAAUUUUUUCCAGGUUUAUGGAUUAGAAUCAGAUGAUUCUACCAUAAAUUUUUGCACUUUUAAAAGGAAAAAAUUAAAAAAAAAAGAAAAUUGUGAAAAAAAAAAAAAAAAAAAAAAAAAAUCCAAAAAUAAUUAUAAUCAAAAUUUUAAUAAAAUAAUUGAUAGCGACACAUAUGGAGAAAAAUAUUUAGACAUUGAAAAUGAAAUGAUAUAUUAUUCAUCUUUUAGUUUUUCAUCAAGUGAAACUGAAAAAAAUAAUACAAAAAAAAAACAUCCUUUUCAUAUUUUAAAAAAAUCAAGAAUGAGCCAUAAUAAUAAUAGUGAAAGUUGUACUGAAUUGGAAAGCAUAUCAUCAUCUUUAUGUACUAGUAAAAAAAGUGAAAAAGAAAAUGAAAUUUUAAAGAAUGCAAUAAAUAUUUUGAUGAAUUACAAUAAAAAUUAUGAUCUAAAUGGACAAAAUGAAAAUAAAAAAUAUCAAAAUAGUAUUAACAAUAAUGAUAACACAAAUAAACGAAAAAGAGAAAUUUCAAUAAAAAAUUUAGAUAAUGAAAAAAAUAAUAUUUAUAAUUUUAGUUAUACAAACAUAAAAUCUGAAACUUUUCCUAGAAAAGCUAAUAAAAUAAGUUUAGGGAUAGAAAUAAUUGAAAAAAUAUUAAUUAGAUGUUUAGAAAGAAAUAAAACAAAUAGGAAAGAAGAUAUAAACAAUAUAUCAAAUAAAAGAUUGAGGAACAAAUUAAGAAAUGAUAUUUUUUAUAAUAAAAAUAUAAAAUGGGAAGGUAAAAAGAACAGCCAAAAUAUUCCACAAACGUUUAGCUCAAGCGAAAGUUCCUUAUCUUGUUUACAAAAUUUAAAUAAUAUUUUUUUUGAUCAAAAAGUAUAUCUAAAAAAAUAUAUUGUUAAGAGUGAUAAUGUAUUACUAACGAAUAGAAGAAAAAUAAAUGUGUGUAAAUCUCCAAUAAAAUUUAAACAAUUUAGUAAAUUUUGUUCAGAAAAAAAUAAAAUUGAUAUAAAUAGUAAUAAUAAUACAUGUGUAAAAAAAUCAAAUUUUCUUUUUAUUUGUUCCGACAAUCCUAUAAUAAUUUAUUCUGAUAUUAAAAAAAAAAUAUCCUUAUCAAAAGUUUCUAUAAAAAAUAUAUUUUUGGUAGACAUAUUUAAUGAUUUUGAUUAUUUAAAUCCAUUUCAUAAUUUUAAUAGUUUUAAAAAAAAAAAUCAAAAUAAUUUAUAUUUUAUUUUUUUUGAUGGAUUAUCUUUAUAUAUAUCACAUUUAAAUGAAAUUAAUGAAACAUAUAUCCAAAAAAUACCAUUUUAUAGAACUGUUGAAAAAAUUGCUUUUCAUAAAGAGAGCGGUUUAUUAAUAACAUCAUGUCCUCCUGAAGAAAAACAUAAAACAAAUAAAAAUUUAAAACAAAUUAUAUGUUUUUUUAAUCCUUAUCAAAAUUCAUUUAAAUAUUCUUAUAUUAUUCCUUCAAAAUAUAAUGUGUCAAGUAUAUGUAUAUAUCAAAUUAAUAAAGAUAUAUAUCCAAAUAAAAGUAAUAUCAAUACAUUAAUAUGUGUAGGGACAGCUAAUAUUAAUGAUAGAGUUUCAGAGCCAUCAUCUGGUAAUAUCUAUAUUUUUUUUGCAAAGAAAAAAGAUAACUUAUUUGAAAUUAAGCAUAUAUAUACGCAUAAUGUUAACGUUGGUGGAAUAACGCACCUCAAACAAUUUUAUGAUAAGCUAAUUUCGACAAUUAAUAAUACGGUUGUUAUAUUAGAUAUUAGCGAUUUCCUCAUUAAUUUGGAUAAAUAUGUGGAUAACACAAACAAGCCAAUUAAACUCGAAAAUGAUGGAACGAUUGUAGAUGUAGCAUCCUUUACACCCAGUUCCUGGAUCAUGAGUCUUGAUGUGAUAGAAAAUUAUAUUGUGGUUGGAGAUAUAAUGACAUCUGUAACUAUACUAUCCUAUGAUUUUAAUAAUUCAACUUUAACUGAAGUUUGUAGAGAUUAUUCCAACGUAUGGUGCACAUUCGUUUGUGCAUUGUCAAAAAGUCACUUUUUAGUUUCAGACAUGGAAUCCAAUUUUCUUGUGUUUCAAAAGUCAAGCAUAAGAUAUAACGAUGAAGAUUCGUUUAAAUUAUCGAGAGUAGCAUUUUUCAACCAUGGGCAUGUUGUCAAUAAGAUGCUUCCUGUUUCAUUAUCCAGUCUAAUAGAAGAAGAAGAAGCACAAAAUGAAAUUUUGCGAAAAAAAGAAAGUAUUUUAUGUGCAUCAAGUGAAGGGUCAAUUAGUUCGAUAAUACCAUUUUCAAAUUUAACAAAUUUCAAAAAAGCUUUAUGCAUUGAAAUAGCAUUGAAUGAUAGUUUAUCAUUUAUUGGAAACAUAAAUAACAAUUCUAAUAAUACAUAUAAGAUGAAUUUGUCUGAAAAAUCAUGUAAAGGGGUUGUAGAUGGGGAACUAUUUAAAAUGUUUUUUUCUAUGCCUUUUGAAAAGCAAUUUAAAACAUAUAUUUAUGCAAAAUGGAUUGGAAAAAAAUUAAAUUGUAAAUUUGGAACCUUUGAAAAUUUUAUUUUAGACAUUGAAAAUUUGUGUAGUUUUUUAUGA